CUUCUGCCUUUACCAGGGCCAAAAUACGUCACCAAACUGCGACAUACUGAGGAACUAGCGCCACAUUUUCGAUGCGCCAAAUUAUAUUGGCAUUUUCAGCGUUUAGGCUCAUCGCCAUCAUUUAACAUAUCUGGGGCGUACAUUGGCGUUAAAGUACUAUGAGUCUAUUUGGAACAACCUCCGGGUUUGGAGCAGGAGGGACAGGUGUCUUUGGAAAUGCAACAACAGACAGCCACAAUCCCAUGAAGGAUGUUGAAGUGACUUCACCUCCAGAUGACAGCAUCAGUUGUCUGGCUUUCAGUCCUCCCACCAUGCCAGGGAACUUCCUUAUUGGAGGAUCCUGGGCCAACGAUGUCCGGUGCUGGGAGGUUCAGGACAAUGGACAGACUGUCCCAAAAGCCCAACAGAUGCAUACAGGUCCAGUUCUGGAUGCAUGCUGGAGCGACGACGGGAGUAAAGUCUUCACGGCUUCCUGUGACAAAACAGCCAAGAUGUGGGAUCUUAACAGCAAUCAAGCAAUGCAGAUUGCACAGCAUGAGGGCCCGAUCAAAUCAAUCCACUGGAUAAAAGCCCCGAACUACAGCUGCAUCAUGACUGGCAGUUGGGACAAAACACUGAAGUUCUGGGACACCCGCUCUCCCAAUCCCAUGAUGUCUCUGCAGAUGCCGGAGAGAAGCUACUGUGCAGAUGUUGUGUACCCCAUGGCGGUGGUGGCCACAGCUGAUAGAGGCCUGAUAGUUUACCAACUGGAGAACCAACCCUCUGAGUUUCGCAGAAUAGACUCACCUCUCAAACAUCAGCACCGCUGUGUUGCCAUAUUCAAGGACAAGCAGAACAAGCCCACAGGCUUUGCACUGGGUAGCAUUGAGGGCCGAGUGGCCAUCCACUACAUCAACCCUCCAAACCCAGCCAAAGACAACUUCACCUUUAAGUGCCACAGGUCGAAUGGAACCAACACCACCACUCCACAGGACAUCUAUGCUGUCAAUGCCAUCUCCUUCCAUCCUGUCCACGGCACUCUGGCGACUGUGGGCUCAGACGGGCGCUUCAGCUUCUGGGACAAAGACGCCCGCACCAAGCUGAAGACCUCGGAGCAGCUGGACCAGCCCAUCACUGCCUGCGCCUUCAACAGCAAUGGCAACAUCUUUGCAUACGCCUCCAGUUACGACUGGUCGAAGGGACAUGAGUACUACAACCCCCAGAAAAAGAACUACAUCUUCUUGAGGAACGCUGCCGAGGAGCUGAAGCCUCGGAACAAGAAAUGAUUCAUCGUGCCAAGUCGCAUCUCUUGUGGGGAAAUGCGGAAGACCUGCUGCUUUAGUGUGUGUAAACGCUCGAGGCAGACUCCCUCCUUUCACCUGGACCAAUGGCGUGGUGCUGCGUACUGUGCAUGGACCAAUCAGAGGGGCCUACCCAACCUGGCGUUGAUGAUCUCUGCGUGACAAUUGGUCGUAGAGGUCAUCAAAGAAGGGGGGGGGGGUUUAUUUGUCACUUAUGUUGAUGUUCCGUUUUUUUUUUUGUGUCUAGCUCCGAUUUUUUUACAACUUUCCAAAGACUUUUCAUUCUCUUCUGAUUUGCUGUUACUUCGUCGUUAAGCUCCGUGAAGGAAACUGGGAUGUAAAAUUAUUUAGUGCGUACUAUACAUUUUGAACAUGUUUAUUCCAACCUGAAGGGAGGAGGUUAAAUUCCUGUAUAAAUGUUUUUUGGGGAUUCACAGACCUGUAUUGUGCAUGCGAAACCAUGAACCACUAUCUCAUGUUUCAGCUGUAAAUCUGUUCAUCACGCGGUUCUCUAACACUGGAAUUAUCACAACUUAAAAAUGAUAAACGUUGGACAACAUCUGUAUCACACACUUCUCCUGUCUGCUUGUUUUAACCUAAAUUAACCAGCAGGUGGAGCUUUUUCUCCUUUCAUUGUCUCAACUGCAGCAGUUACCUGUGGAAGAGUCAAAGAGCUGAGGUCAGAGAGCUAAGCAGGACAAAUGAGAUCAAAGCAUGACACGGGGCUUCUUCAUCCAGGUUAAACCUCUUUGACAGGGAUACACAGCUGGAAAUAAGGGGAUUUAUCAAGAGGAUAUGAAUGAGGCAGCACGGGCAGGCACAAAGGCCAUGUGUGAAAAGUGAACUAGUUCAUAGAGGAGAAGGUGUGAAUUAAAUGCCUUUUUAUUGCGGUCAUUAGAGUAUCACCUCACUGUUAGCCUGACCGUUAGUACUUAGCAGUGGAACUUGAAGGCUUCGAGGGCGGGAAGAUUUGCUGCUGCCACAGUUCACCGGCUCCUUUAAGCUUUCAUGGGGUCACACUAGUAGCGCUCCUCUAGACCCCUGUCUCCUGUACUGUUUCAACAUGCUGUACUGAGUUUAUUUUAUCUAAUUCAUUCCUCUAACUUGAAUGAUCAUGAAUUAACCUGAAUUACUGUCUCGCAAAAUCACAGGAAAGUAAUAUUUAUUUGUACAUUUAGGUAAGCUAACUGUUGGAUUGACCUGUUGCUUUUCUCCCUCUGACCUGCACAGAGGUUAUCAGUGUUUGUGAGUAACAUGUAGAGACGCGUAGAAAGCAUUACUGACAGUGGAAGUAUAAGCUCAAGUGCACCCUUGACCUUUUUUUUUGUUUUUGCAAAAUAUGCCAAUCAUUUGCUUUUAUGAUGGGCUGAUAAAAGGUGGCCUGUUGUGGCAGGCCCAAUUAAAUGUGCCAUAUUGUA